AUUAGCAAGGCAUCUACAGAAAGAGGCACAGUCUCAGCACAACAACUCAGAAUUCACAGAAGAUCAAAAGAAAACCAUAGCUAAAAUUGCAACAUGCUUGGAACUGAGAAGUGCAGCUUUACAGUCCACCCAAUCACAGGAUGAAUUUAAGCUUGAGGAUCUGAAGAAGUUGGAACCAAUCCUAAAGAAUAUCCUCACUUACAAUAAGGAGUUCCCCUUUGAUGUCCAGCCUGUCCCACUCAGGAAGAUUUUAGCACCUGGAGAAGAGGAAAACUUGGAGUUUGAGGAGGAUGAUGAGGAAGGGGGAGCUGGAGCAGGGUCUCCAGACUGUUUUCCUGCGAGAGUUCCAGGUACUUUAUUACCCAGAUUGCCAUCUGAACCCGGGAUGACAUUACUCACCAUCAACAUAGAGAAAAUUGGUCUGAAAGAUGCUGGGCAGUGCAUUGAUCCUUACAUCACAGUCAGUGUAAAGGACUUGAAUGGGAUAGAUCUGACUCCUGUGCAAGAUACUCCUGUGGCUUUGAGGAAGGAGGACAUGUAUGUCCAUUUCAACGUGGACAUUGAGAUUCAGAAACACAUUGAAAAACUAACAAAAGGUGCAGCUAUUUUCUUUGAAUUCAAACACUACAAGCCUAAGAAAAGGUUUACUAGCACCAAGUGCUUUGCUUUCAUGGAGAUGGAUGAAAUUAAACCUGGGGCAAUUGUUAUAGAACUGUACAAAAAACCCACUGACUUUAAAAGGAAGAAAUUGCAACUGUUGACCAAGAAACCACUUUACCUUCACCUCCAUCAAACAUUGCACAAGGAGUGACCCUAGUUGUGAGACUUCUGUGAACUGAACCCCGAGUCCUGGUAGCUGUGUGUAGUAGCCUUAGCCUUCGAGGGGCAGGAAGAUGACUAUUCAUGCCAGUAGGUCAGAUGGGACCACCCCACACUGCACAGCGCUACUUCAGGGUCAGAGGCAAGCCUACCCUUCAAGUGCAAGAUUUUUUUCUGUAUCUUCCAGAAACAGGUUUUCUUG